CCUCGCCGGCCCCCCUUCUCUCUCAUCCAUCCCCAUCCCCUCCGCCGCAAUCCUCACCUUCAUCCAGAUCCACAGAGAGCGACAGCGAGAUCGUCGGAUCAAGAAGUCCGCUCGGCCGGAUCUCAGCCACAGUCACCAUGGUGGUCGCGCUCGGCCCCGGCAGGUUCUACGGCGGCGGCCUCCCGCGCCCGCGCGUCUUCCCCGGCGACCGCAUCGACCCGCCGGCGCCCGUCACCGACGCUCUGCUCUGCUGGGCGCGCGACGCGCACUGGUCCAUGGGCGGGCUCGCCGCCAAGCGCCUCCGCCUGCAGGGCCGCAUCGAGGGCAACCUCGUCAAGCUCCGCCGCACCGCUCGCCGCGACGCCAGGGUCUCCGCCAAGUCCGCCAAGGUCGCCAAGUCCAAGGUCCGCGCCGCGGGGCACCGGCCCGCCCCUGCCACCCUCGACGACGCGCUCGGCUCCGACGACGACGAUUCGGAGGACGAGGCGGAGGUCGCGGCCCAUGAGCGGGCGCUGCGGCGGGAGGUCGUGGAUGACGACUCGGACUCGGACUCGGAGUCCGGCGAGUCGGAGGGCGAGGGGGUGCCGCUCGUCACCAUCGCCGCUGCUGCCAAGAGGAAGCGCGUCAGGAAGCUCUCCGACGAGUUCGACCGCAUCGCCGACGCGCAGCUGGAUGGCGGCGGCAAGAAGAAGCCCGCGGCCGCGGCUCCGGCCAAGGCCCCGCUGAGGAAGAAGGCUCCGGCCGCUGAGGCGCCUGUGAAGAAGUCGCUGAAGAGGAAGGCGGUGGCGCCGGCGGCUGUGACAGCGGCGAGGACCUCACCAAAGAGGAAGGCUGCGGAGGCGCCGGCGGCAAGGAGGACCUCGCCGAGGUCCAAGCACUGAUGAUGGAUUUCUGCUCUUUUUGUCAGUUCGGUGGCUGUAGCGGUUCAGGUGUGAUAUCGGAGAUGCAGUCUGCUUUGUGUUUGUUGAAAUGCUCGAAUGGAUUCAGUGUCAUGCUUAUUUCUGUAUAUGAAUCAAAUUUCUCAAAUGUCUUUAGUUAACUCUGAAUGAUCUUGAAAUAAUAGUUCUUGUACUGAGAUCUGAAAGUCUUCCUAAAAUAACAAUUGAUCUGUUGAGGCA